AUGUCUAGGCUACUUCAUCGGAUGAAUCAUAAUAACCAUAUUUCUCUAAAUUGAGAGAAGUAGAAACAGCGUAUUUAAACUUUUUAUAUAAUAUUUAAACAAAUAUAUUUCCAAAUCAAAAAACUAUUUUUUUAAAAUAUUUUACCAAUAAAGGCGUCAUCAAACGUUUUUUUUUUAAUGGAUUCCGAAUUAAGCGUUUCAAUGUUUUCAACAUAUUCAAAAAGCGAUCAAUUACGGGAGAAAUUUCAUAGGAAAAUUAACAAAAUAAAAAAAUUAAGUUUAUUUAAUGAUUCAGUAUGGAUGUUUUUUAAAGUUUGUUUUCAACAAUUGGAGAUAUGUAAAAAUAAAUAUGGGGACGUGGUAAUUGAUUUAGUGUUAGAUUCACUGGAUUGCUUAUUGUUUGUAGGGAAUGAAUGUAAGAGCUCAUACGAGAAAGAAAAAUUUGAGGAAACUGCUUACGAUGUAAUUAAUUAUUGUUCUUUAUUGAUGUCUUUUAAAAAUUCUAAUCCAUUGUAUCUUGGUAAACUUUUUGAAAAAUGGAGGACAUUAUUGAAUUCAGAACUUUUAACAAGCAAGUUUUUCAAAAAGACAUUUGAUAAAGCAGAAAGUGUUAUACCUUUAAUAUUAGACAAUAUUUACUUAGCUGGAAAUUAUGAAACACAAUACAAAGGUCUUACUCUACUUAUAACAUAUUUUAAAUCAGCUAGUGAAGAGAAAUUGAUUCAAAUACUUGAUAAUAUAAUAUUACCAAGCUUCAAGCGUAACAUCAAAGAACUGAUUGAAAAUCUUUAUUCAAAAAAAUUUUUUCUUUGUUGUCGUAAAUAUAUUAAUAUUAUAAAUCUUGAAUUAUCUGAGGAAAUGUCGGUAUUUUCUGAAAAAGUUAUUUCAAUUUUCAUAAAUGAGUUAGAAGUUAAGAAAAUUAAAUUGGGAAAGAAAAAACGAAUGCCAUACCAUAAUGGUUGCCCAUUAUGGGUGGAUUUUAAUUCAAAAAGUAAAAGUGUCUCAUUCGAAUGUUCUGCUCGUACCUUUAAAAUUCCUUCUGAUGAAAGAGUAAGAUUUGAAAUAUUUGUUGAUCAUAUUGAAAGUGAUGGUAUAUCUACUAUUUUCAUUUCUUCUAAAUCGGAUCCAAAGAUUUUACCAGAAAAAUAUAAUCCUGUGAUUCAAUCAAAUUCAAUGAAUUUAAAAAGUUUAAAAAUAGAAUAUAAUCCACAAAAAUGCGCUAAUAAUAUUAUACAAAAUAUAAUUGAUUUUAUGAAAAAUGUGAAAGUAAAUGAAAUUAAAAAUAUUAAUGGAAUAAAAUUGGGAUUUAAAAAUUUUAAGAGCUUUCUGUCUCAUGAAAAGCCCACAUCCGAAAAUUCAAAACUACGAAAAAAUAAUAUUUUCACAGAAGUUUUAGCUUCUGAAACUACAGAAAAUCAUAGCAAUUGUAACCGAAAAAAUCAGAAUGACAUGCUGAUGUCGCCUGUUUCUACAAUAAUUACUGGUUCAACUACUACGAAACAGACAGGACCAAAAUAUACUUUUGAUGCCAAUAAAAAUUUCGUAGAAAUGAAUUCACUCUUGAAAAAUAAAUGUUUUGUUAAGUUAUCAAGAUGUGAUGAGGAAAAUGGCAAUAAUAGUUCUUCAAAUAGUUCUUCUGCAUCAACUGAAUCUUUUAAAAGUUAUAAAAUUCGUAACUUCUAUAAAGAUAGAAAAGGACGUAAAAAGAAUUCUCAAUCUAGCGAAAGCAAAAAAAUUGAACAAAUUAAAAAUUUUGAAAGAAUUAAUGAAGAAAUAAAAUUUUUGAAUUAUAGAAAUGAUGAUUUUGAUAAUUUAAAACUAUCAAAUAAGGAUAAUAAAGAUCAACAAAAGGGAAAUAAAUUACCAUUGUCAAUGCCUUUACCAAAGAGUAAUAAUAUAAGUGAUCAAUUAAUUUUUGAAAAGAAUUGUAAUGAUAAAGAAAAAAACAUGAUUAAUGAUAACAUUUAUAUUGAAAAUGAUAAUAGCACUAAAAAUGAUAAAUAUAAUGAUAAUAAAAAUGAAAAAAUGGAACAUAUUAAAAGCAUAAAUAAUAGUAACAAAAAAAGACAUAAAAAAAUGCAAAGUACCCCAUCAAAAGUUCAAAAAUUUGAUGAAAUAUCUUCUUCGGAUAUAACUCUCGCAAAGCAGCAAGAGAGAAAAAAUUUCGCUAUGAAAUAUUAUGAUACAAAAAAUCAAAGUCUUUGUCUUGUAUCAUUGGUUAAACCGUUGUAUAAAAACAAUCCUGAAAAUGUUAAUAAUAACAAUAAUAAUAAGGAAAAUAUCAGUAAUGUUAGGAACACAGAAAAAAAUGAUGUUGCAUUAAUAGAAGAUGAAAAUUAUUUAAAUAAAGCUGUUGAUGAAUAUGCUAAAAAUCAUGGUUUAAUUGGUAUAAAAACAGCUUUAAGUCAACCAGAAAAUUAUAAGAAAUUUUCUCAAACUGAACGUGAAGUUAUAAUUAAAAAUUGUGAUGUAAUAUCAAAAGCAGCAGAUCGGUCGGUUCAACGUUUUUUUAAAACCGAUCCGAAAGAACAUGAUGUUUAUGCUUUAAAUAAUAUAUUAAAAGAUGCACCAAUUGGAUCAAAAAAACGGAGAAAUCAUCAAAUGUCAGCGAAAAAAGCAAAAAAGAGGUCGUUUGAAGGGGAUAUUACCAAAUCCACUAUCAAAAUAAUUGAUACACCAAAAAAGAAAAUCAGGGCACAAAAUCAUUUAAUACAUGAAUCCAUAGAAGAUAGAAAUCAUAAUAAGCAUAUAACACCCAAAUCAAAAAAAAAUAAAUCUAAUGAAUCGAAGAAUACAGUCAACGAAUUGACGAUUGAUGAAAAUCUAAAUGAUGAUAUUGACAAAAAUGUAAUAUAUGAAAAAUUCUUUAAUUCACUGUCUGAUAAAUCAGUUCACCCAAUAAACGAUCUGUUACAACCAGUGGAGGAAAAUAAUUUGAUGAAUAUAAGCUCACCGGAUUUGUUAAGGCAUAAUGAAAAUAUGAAUUUAAAUCAUUGUUCCCCAAUUAUUAAUAUAACUUCUACGAAAGAAAAAAAUAUGGUUGAAUCAAAGAUUUGCACCAACGUUCCAUUGGAAAUACGUACAUCUCAAAAAAAAUCAUCUGAAUCAUCUGCGUGUAUGAAUCAAAAACAUAAAAAGGUUAAAACAAAUGAACGACAAUCAACAAAUUUCGAAAACUUGAAUAUUGAGAAAAAACUGUUUGAAGAGUUUGAAAAUAGAAUGGAAAGUCAUAGUAAACGCAUUUUCACUGAAUAUUUUAAAUUUGAUUUGUCACCAUUGAAAGACAAUAAAAUUCAAGCAUUAGAAUUAUUUCAAAAUGCUUAUGAAAAUUUAGAGCAAUUUAAUGAAAUUUAUGAACACAUUAUAGAACUCAUCAAAACACUUAAAACAAAAAUGAAACAAUUAACUAAUGUGACUGAAGCUAACGUUAAUUUGUAUAUGAUUCGUCAAGGAAUUCGUAUUUUACAACCGAUGAUUGUAUCAUAUGAUCAAGAAAUAGCACAAAAUAAAGCUAACUUGGCUAAAUUUAAUGAUAAAUUCAAAUCUUAUUCUAUACAUGUGGAACAAGAAAUUUGGAAAACAUUUGUUAAAGAUUGCCUACAGGACUUCUGUUCUAUUAUUGAAAAGAAUUGUAUUUAAAGAAUUUUUGAAAUAGAACUAAUUACAUUUUUUAAUAUACUACUAAUAUUAUUCAUUUUCAGUUUGUAAAUUA